AAACCCCAGCUUAUAACCACCCCUUUCUCUUCUCCCUCGCGCCCCCAAGGCUGUGCACAGCAUCCGUAUUCUUAUAUUUAAUUACCCCCCAGACACGAUGCUACAACCUUCGGCAGCUAGUAUACUUUUUUUUUCAUUUCAUCAAGUCUCCGAUCGUCUUUGUCGCCAACCAUGACUAAACUUCUCAUCAUUUUGUCACUAUUUACAUACACGGUCUCAGGUGCUCCUGAUCAUUUCAGGCUGUGGUUUCCUCAAUAUGGCCCAACAUUUGAAGGUUAUGUGAGGUCAUGCAAAGAAACAUAUGACGCCUACAGAGAGGAUAAACCUUGUCGCCCGGUAAAUUAUGUAGGGUGCCAAUCUGGAAGAAUGAUCCAUUGUCUCCUAAGCCAAGCCACCGAGUCUUUGAAAGCAAACAUGGCGUCGGCUGGCGUUAUUUUAGGGCUCCUCCCCACUACACUGUGUCUAGUCGGGUUGAGCACCGUUGAGACUGGUCUUUUAGCCUAUCGGCGGCCUUUAUUAUCGCUGCUCCUAGCUUCUGGAGCACCGGCAAUUUCUCCAAGCCGAAUUUUUGACUAUCGAGACUCAAUAGAGCUACUCCGAAAUAGGUCUACCUACAUCAAUACACCUAAAUUUACACCAACGUGGGCGGCAAUAAUAGUCACCCUCCAGUACAUACUCGCAUCCGUUGCAAUUGCCAACUUAGCGCACGUUAGCUGGGAACUGUGUAUCAAGACAGUUUGCAGUUUCUCUUCGGACACAGCGUUCCAACCCGCACUCUGGGCGUUUGUAGCUAUACCCAUCCAUCUAAUGGGACGACUUGCAGUGGCACUCCGUUUCCGUUGCGAAAUAUCGGAGUUAGAACCUGGAGAGCGUUCAUGGGCAAGGAGGCUUCGAGAGGAGUUUCAGCUGACUGCAAGACACUCGCCUGCCACACUUCACACUAAACAGGAAGCGUAUUCGUUUAUAUUUUGCUCCUGGUGCACAUCAACUGGGGCAGUCUUGCACAUCAUGUACGGCACACUUGUUUUCUCAAGCAUUUUGUUCAUUAGUGCACAGGACGCAAUAAAGGUAGCGGCGAGGUAUCUAUGCUCUACUCUUAUCUGCAGGAUCAUUCUUAAGUUCGAAAUUAUAGGGAUGCGUGGUGUGAUGGAGAUUGAGAAAGAAUCUAAAGAAUAGCUUAGUAAAGAACACAAGUUUGUUGUUCAUGGAGGACUUCGCCCAGAAUGGAUCCGGAGUGUGGAUAAUUGGAGGCCGCCACACCCUUUAAAUUGUAAUAUGUGCCGCCCCAACUGACGAAAG